GUUAAGAGAUUUGAUUCGCUGUCGGAGCAUGUGGCACCGAGACACUGAGGAGGCGGUCUGCCAUGAAGAUAGAUAGACAUCAGUUUAAUAUCGCCGACCUGCUUCAUACCGGAAAAACUUACAAUGAGUCCAAAGAAUCAAGCAGUCAAUGGCAAGGCUUCCCAUAACACCGAGAGGGAAUUUGGAGGAACCUUAGGUGCCGUUUGCAUUCCCAUCUUUCUGCCCUUAACGGUGCUUUUCUUGGUCUGCGUGAGUCGAUCUCCUGAGGCAGCUGUACUCCAGUGGCCUCCGCCUCUCCCCACUAUUGACCAGCUCUGGGACCCCCUGGCGGCUCUCACCAUGCUGAGCUGGAUAUCUUUGCAUGCUGUCCUCUAUUUGUUGCCAUUUGGAAAGGUCUCUGAGGGAUUAGUGCUGCGGGAUGGAGCACGCCUCAAGUACCCAAUAAACGGUUUCCACAGCCUGUGCAUCAGUGGUGUGCUGCUGAUUUUGCUUCUGAUGCUCAAGGCUCCUAUGGGGCGUUUGUACGAGCUGACGUUGCCUCUGGCUGCGUGUGCAAUAGGAGUCUCCUUCAUGCUCUCCGUCUACCUGUACUUUCGUUCCUUUUUGGCUCCUCCUCAUGCUCUGGCAUUAGGGGGCACCACAGGAAAUCCCCUCUAUGACUUCUUUAUUGGACGGGAGCUCAACCCACGUAUUGGUCAUUUUGACCUGAAGUUUUUCUGUGAGCUCAGACCAGGACUGAUUGGCUGGGUGGUCAUAAACCUCGGCAUGCUGAUGAAAGAAGUGGAACUUCAGGGUUCCCCCUCGCUUGCCAUGAUUCUCGUCAAUAGUUUUCAGCUGCUGUAUGUGGCUGACGCUCUGUGGAAUGAGGAAGCUGUUCUGACUACGAUGGACAUUGUGCAUGACGGUUUCGGCUUCAUGCUGGUCUUUGGUGACCUGGCCUGGGUACCCUUCACAUACGGCUUGCAGGCGGCCUUUUUGGUCCUACAUCCUCAGGUUUUAAGUCCCCUAGGAGCAGCAGCAAUAAUAACGCUGAAUGGUAUUGGAUAUUAUAUAUUCAGGAAAUCCAACUCACAGAAGAAUCAGUUUAGAAGAAAUCCUGCACAUCCAAGUGUUGCGAGGCUGGAGACCAUCGCCACAGCAACCGGGAAGCGUUUGCUGGUGUCUGGCUGGUGGGGGCUUGUUCGCCAUCCUAAUUACUUGGGUGAUCUCCUCAUGGCCUUGGCAUGGUCUCUGCCUUGUGGUUUCUCACAUCUUCUGCCUUACUUCUACAUGAUAUAUUUCACCGUCUUGCUGAUCCACCGCGAGGCCCGUGACGAGAGACAUUGUCGAGCCAAAUAUGGACUUGCAUGGGAGACAUACUGUCGACAUGUCCCCUACAGGAUCCUCCCUUAUAUUUACUAAAAGGUAAAGAAGCCUGCAAGGGGACAGAACUGUCCAAUGGGGACUUUGUAAGUUUUUCAGUUCACAUUCACACCUUUACAGAAAAUUGCUGUCCAGUCACAGUAGGAUUUUCUAUCCAGACAUAACUGAUUCUUUUGUCAUCUUUGUUAUUUUGAAGGCCAAAAAGAUAGAAAUAUUAACUGCUUUUGAAAUGCUCCUUGCUUUUAAUAGACAAUAUAAGAACUCUCAAAUUAUUUUUUUAAAAAUCAGAUUAAUCACACUAUUUUAAUUUGGAUAAUUAUGAUUAAUCACAGGUUAUUACUCACUUGCAUUAUUUCAAUUAACCUAAAAGAAAUAAAACAUGAUUUUAAAAAAGCAAUAAUGAUAAAAUAAAAAAAACAUUUUUUUCAUUGAACAAACAAAAAUAAAUAAAUAAAUACAAUUACAAAAAAAAAAAUAUGGACACAAAUGCAUUUUUAUUGUCAGAAUGUCAUCCAGGAACAUUUUCAAAAAUGUUUUACUUGAAUACAUGUCAUUUAUUUGCUAAAAACUUUGUAACUGUUUUAUCUGAAGUCCACUCAGGGUUUAUUUUGAAGUAAAAUUUGCCAUUGAGCACACAAUUAGUCCGAGUCUCCUCACUCAUCUUUGCAUGUGUGCAUUGACCUGUACAACAACCUUUCAGGUAAAAUCUGCGGUUAAGGUAAAGGAGCGCGUUCAGUAAAAAUGAAUUGCGGGAUCAAUCUGCAUAUACACGUGAUUAAUGUGAUAAUUGUUUUGUGAUUAAUCACAUGAGUUAUAGUGUAAUUUUUGACAGCCCUAGAAAACAUGUCUAGUUUUGAUGCAACUGUUUCUUUUGCAACAUCCAUGCUAAUCUCAUUGUAUCACUUAGGUCAGGUUUAAAACAUUUUUUUGACUGACCAUUUUGAGACCAAUUUGAUGUUGUAUUCAAUUUUACUACAGUCCUGUAUAAAUAUUUGUACAUUUUGAGUACCUCGAAGAUAGGAAAACAUAAUAUGAGUAAAGCCUAUUUAUCAUUUGAUAGCGGCAGUCCUUAUGUUGUUGAAAAUUAUUAUCUUUGUAAGGUACUUGACUCAAAAUAACCCCUAAAAAAAUAAAAGUUCAUGUUUAAUUUGUUAACCGUGACCGGACAUUUGUUUGAUUUACAGCCGUGUUUUAUUCACUGACAUUUGCAUUGGAUUGAAGAAAAAGAAAAAAUGCAUUUGAUUUCCCCUUGCUGAGUGCAAACCACAUUGUUCUUGAACUGUAAACAUUAUUUCUGUCACAUGCAACAAGUUGUGCAUAUAGAGGUGAGAGUGUACCCUGUUGAUGGACACUCUCAUUUGUCACCUUCAUGCACCCACUUAAGUACUCAUUGCCUCUGGCUUCGCCCACGCCGCACUCAAGCUAUUUUGUGCUGUUUUUCAUAUGCAGUGUGCUAAUGACAAACGGGCUGGGAUGCCAUGCCUACGUUGUGUCUGUAAAAUAACUUGAAAGAUACAUUAGCGUCAUACAUGGGCAUGUGCAGAUAAGGACACACAUGCAGAAUAUAUUAUUCUGAUCUUUUUGGACAGCCUAUUGUGGCAUUAUGAUUAUACUGUUAAUCAUAACGGGAGUGGAAUUUAUACUGUUGUAUUAUUAGGAUGUGGAAAAGAAGCACAAAUCAUUUUAAUUACAGUCAGUAUAAUGUGUGGGUUAUAGUGUAACGUAAGUAAAAAACAAGAAUCUGAACUAUGAGCAAAAGUAUCAUAUUGUAUUUCAUCCAGUGCUCUACUGCAAUGUCAAUAUGGCCGCCAAACAAGUAUUUUUUCCCCUUUUAUCAGAUGUAUUAAUUAUGUACAUUUAUAUUUAAUUACCAUUUUAGCUGUCAAAUGGGAUAUAUUGGUCAAGUUAACACUUAUGAUAUAAUGAAGAGUGCACCCUUGUGCUUUCACAUCUGCACAAGUAAAAAAAUUAUAAUAAUAAUAUGCAACAACCUACACUGUCUUGUGUAAUAAUGAAUUAGCUAUUCAGUCUGUGUGCACUGAUGUGUAUGCCAAUCUUACCGUUUCCAGCCCUGCAGUUGUAGCCAGUUUCCAUGGCAACGUGUCUGUGAGAGCGCAGACGUGGGAAGAGAGGGGAAAGGAGUUGAGACAAUUAUGGCGGCACGGAGGGCGAAGAAAAAGGAAGAGCCCAGGCUGAUGAGUGUGAAGCAGUGCGAGUAGUGGGAGAAAAAAAAUGCAUUAUGUUUGUUUGUGUAUCCGGGGAUGAACCUACGUUAGUAUAUUAUACAUAAAAACAUGUUUCUCAUUGCAACGUGCAUGCCUGUGCAAGCACAGAUGUUCAGUCCUCUGAGCAUGUAUGUAAUGUGUAAAGAAAUGCUGCAAGGCAUUUGACAUUGUAGAUGAACAAGAUUUUUUUCCGUUUUGAGUGAGAGCCUCUGAGUGAGUCAACAGGAAUGUCGAUUCCAAUUGUGUUUCCAUGGUGACAGUGGAGAAUGAUAUGUCGUUUUUCACAAAGAGAAAAAAUAUCGCCUGGGUGCCUUGUUGCUGCUUUGUUACCUGUGUAAUCACUGAGUCGUUGAUUUUCUGGCCUGCACUUCAGAUUGGACAAAACGUAAUGCAGGAAUUGUCGGAAAAAAUAUUUUGUUUUAGUAGUAUAGAAAUUAAAGAACAACUAAACAUGUGAGACUUGCUCAGAUUAGUUUUUUUGAUGUGAAAGACAACAGGUGUUAGGCACAUUUUGACCUUAACCCUGUUCAGGACACUAUUGUAAUACAGUGGAACCUCCAAAGUGAAACCAACUUAAAUUUUACCACAAUUGUCAGGGAAAGCCUGCCUCUAAAGCAGCACAAAACAAGUGUCAAACCAGCAUAGGCAUCGUAAUUUAUGGCACUAAUCUAAUGUGUUUUGCUUUUUCAAUGGCAUUUUUUUUAAUACGACCUCAGAAACAUAGAGGAGAAAUAUGAUGUGCAAUAGACCAUAGAACCUGAAAAGGGCACAUUUGUUUCUUAAAUUCCACUUAUUAACUUUUUAUAUAUGUUUUCUUAACAGCACGGUGGUAGAGUUGUUAGUGCGUCUGCCUCACAAUACGAAGGUCCUGAGUAGUCCUGGGUUCAAUCCCGGGCUCGGGAUCUUUCUGUGUGGAGUUUGCAUGUUCUCCCCGUGACUGCGUGGGUUCCCUUCGGGUACUCCGGCU